AUGAUUAAGUUUUUUUUGUUAUUAAAUGUUGUUUGCAUAUUUCACGGAGUCAACGCAGGGUUUCCUGAAUUUGAAGAAGAGAGUGAAGAAAUUACCGCCAAUACCGCAUAUAUAUGCUUGGCACACCCGAUGGACGCCAGCGAAUUACAAAAACAAUUUGAAUUAAGUUCAGAAAAUACUGAGGACCCAUUCACUGAAAGUUACUUCGAUAAUGUGGCCGAAAAUUUGGAUGAUAAUAGUAAAGAAAACCAGACUUGCGGUGUCAACGAGAUUUUGAACAAUUGUCCAUCAGAGAGCUGCGAGUACUGUCCAACCAACGAUAAAGAGUCACGCGCGUGUCUUGCUUCAUCUUCUUCUCCAGAUAAGUGUCCGCCUGCCAAGUGCACCUGUCGGAACAACUACAGACGAUUUCUUAAUGGAACCUGUGUACCCACUAGAGAAUGUCCUCCAUACAAAUGCCCGCUGGCCAAUGAAGAGUUCGACGCAUGCCCCCUGUGCCCUAGCGACAGCUGUGACCGCGCCACGCCGAAUGGAGGUUGCCCGACUGUCGGGCGCAUCGGCAUACCUCUGCAAUGUCGGCCAUCUUGCCGCUGUGUGAACAACUUUUGGCGGGAUGGUGAUCGCUGUGUUCCAUACGAAAACUGUCCCAACAUCAAAAACGCCUUAAAUUGCUCUCUCCCAAACGAAAGUGUUACAUGUGUAAGACCUUGUCCUCCGUUAAGAACGUGCGAGAAUCGCAACAAGCGGUAUCAUUGCCUCGUUGAUCUGAAAAGGCCAUGCACUUACCAGUGCGCAUGCGACGAAGGGUUCUAUCGUAAUUCUGAUGGUUUUUGUGUCACUCAGGAGCUAUGCGAUAAGAAAUGCAGUGGUCCCAAUGAGGAAUACAAAGCAGACAAGAAAACAUGCCCACCCGAGAUAUGUCGAUCCAUAAUAUCUAGAUACGCUUGCAACCCUAAGGAGGUGGGACAACCAGGUUGCGUUUGUAAACCUGGCUUCCUGAGACUUAAUCUUACCUCAACAUGCAUACUCACAGACCAAUGCCCCGAGCUUGCAAACAGGCCUCCAGUAUGUAACCUCCCUAACGAGUCCGCGAAAUGUGUGAAAACUUGUCCACCUCCGAGGACCUGCGAAGAUCGAAACGUGUUUUAUAGGUGCAUCGAUAACACAAACGAAACUUGCAAAUUCCAAUGUGUGUGUGACGAUGGCUUCUACAGGAACUCCGAAGGAUUCUGCGUUAGUUACGACCUGUGUGAUAAGGAAUGCUCAGGGCCGAAUGAAGAGUACGUAGCAAUCAAGAAGACGUGUCCAUCUGAUACAUGCAGCUCCAUCGUAUCAAAAUGUCGAUUUGACCCAGAAGAGAUCGGGCAGCCAGGGUGCGCGUGCAAAUCUGGUUUUCUGAGACUCAAUCAGAGCUCGACAUGUAUACCUACAAGGGAGUGCCCCGAACUAGCUAACCAGCCUCCAGAAUGUAGUCGACCUAAUGAAUCAGUAAAAUGUGUGACAUCAUGCCCGCGUCAAUCGACGUGUCUAACUCGAAAACUACGAUUAUUAUAUAAAUGCCCUGAUAACACGAACGAAACUUGCAAGUUUGAAUGUGUUUGUGAUGAUGGUUUCUUCAGGAAUUCCGACGGAUUUUGUGUUACUCCUGAUUUGUGUGAUAAACAAUGCACUGGCCCCAACGAAGAGUAUGUAGCAAAUAAGAAGACGUGUCCGUCAGAUACAUGCAAAUCCAUCGUAACAAAAUGUCGAUACGAUCCUGAAGAAGUUGGACAGCCAGGAUGCGUUUGUAAGUCGGGCUUUCUACGACUUGAUCCAAAUUCGACUUGUAUACCUAUGCAAGAGUGCCCUGAGCUAGCUAACCAAAACCAGAUUUGCGGUGUCAACGAGAUUUUGAAUAACUGUCCAGCAGAGAGCUGCGAGUACUGUCCAACCAACGAUAAUGAGGCACGCGCUUGUCUAGCUUCCUCUUCUGCUCUGAUUAAGUGUCCGCCUGCUAAGUGCACCUGUCGAAACAACUUCAAGCGAUUGCUUAAUGGCACCUGCGUACCCACGAGCGAAUGUCCACCUUACAAGUGUCCGCUGGCCAAUGAACAUUUCGACGCAUGUCCCGUGUGCCCCAGUGAUGACUGCGAUCGCGCCAGGCCAAAUGGCGACUGUCCGAGGGACGGGCGCAUCGGCAUUCCUCUGCAAUGUCAGCCAUCUUGCCGCUGCGAGAAAAACUUUUGGCGGGACGGUGAUCGAUGCGUCCCAUACGAAGAAUGUCCCAACAUCAAAAAAAUGCUUCAAUGCAAUCAGCCGAACGAGGACUGGAAGUGUGUGAAGUCCUGUCCGCCGCCCAGGACUUGCAGGAAUCGCGGCGUUCGUUUCAAUUGUUUCAACAACCUAAUUGAGUUGUGCAAAUACGAUUGCGUUUGUAACGCUGGCUUUUACAGAAACUACGACGGAUAUUGCGUAACCAGCGAACUUUGCGAUAAAAAAUGCACCGGCCCGAACGAGGUGUAUAAACCGGAUAAAAAGAAGUGCCCUCCGGAGACUUGCCAAUCUUUAUUGGCUCAGUACAAAUGCGACUCAGAGGAAAAGGGACAACCCGGAUGCGUUUGCAAACCUGGCUAUUUGAGAUUGCACCUAAACUCGACUUGUAUACCGACGUGCGAUUGUCCAAAAGUGACUUCUUCACAUGACGACAUAUUCAGCGUAUAUUUUGUUUUGUGCCCUAUUGAUUACGGUAACAACCAGCAAGGCAGAUCCUAUGCGAUGCUUAAAACCGAACGAGGUCUUGGAUUGCAUGUCGCCUUGUCCAGAAGAAACCUGUCAAACUCGCGGCACCUA